AUGGCUUGGUUCACCGGAAUCAAUCAUGAAGGGCUACUCAAUGGUGGAGGACCUUUGAUCCAUUCCCUCCUCGCUUCCAGCGCGCUCUUUGGAAUCACCCAAGCGUUCCCAUUGUCAGAGCAGUCAAACACUACCAGCGCCAACUUGAUCUCUGACUCCACCUUGCUGCAGACCACAUGGUCAUUUAACUGCUAUUCCGCCUCCAAAGCGUGCAGGGGAACAGGUAACACGUCAGGUGGAAGUUCCUCCAAGCAUGCCUGCGCAUCGAUUGCCGCGGCCGGUUGUACUCGGUACACAUUCAACGGAGGGGGAGAGUUCAAAUUGUGUCUUUAUGAGGAAACAGACUGCGGUGGUACUUUGCUCACAAGUGUUAAUGGAGGAAGCGUUACCUGCCUUGAUUUGGAUAGCCCUAAGAGCUUUAAGGUUGUGAUACGCGAUACCGAUUGCUAG